AUGGAGCCACUGGUGGAGCUGGCAGAGUUGUCAGCGAUCAGCUGUGCUUCUCUGGCCUCAGCUCUGAAGUCCAACCCCUCCCAUCUGAGAGAGCUGGAGCUGAGUCAUAAUGAGCUACAUGAUUCCGGAGUGAAGCUACUGUCUGCUGGACUGGAGAGUCCACACUGCAGACUGGAGACUCUGAGAUUGAGGAGCUGCAGUUUGUCAGAGACCAGCUGUGCUUCUCUGGCCUCAGCUCUGAAGUCCAACCUCUCCCAUCUGAGAGAUCUGGAGCUGAGUGACAACAACCUGCAGGAUUCAGGAGUGAAGCUGCUGUCUGAUCUUGUGGAGAGUCCACACUGCAGACUGGAGACUCUGAGGUCAGUAGAGGGCUGGAGUCAGUCCAUGCUGCUUUCAGCAGUAUUGUACUAAACACAGUUAGUAUCAAAGCAAAGAUCCAGUAUUUCCUGUAAACCUCUGACCUUCUCAGUGGCUGCUUUCCUCAAUGAGGCUGUGAGAGGAGGAUGGUGACGGGCUUCAGGAUUGGACAGAAAGACAGAGAGAGAGAGAGAACAGUCAGCCAAUCAGAUCAGCCAGAAGCUCGUUGUGAUCAUGUGUUUGAGUCAAUGUGAAGACGACUGUUGUUGUUGUGUUCAUGUCUACAGGAAAUAAAGCUGGAUUCCAGCUGGCAGCAUUACAACAUGUACAGAGACAGUGUCCUCGUUCAUCAGACUGUCGUAGCAUCAAAUCUGAUCUCAAAGUGUUUGUUCUCUCAUUUCAACACUAAACAAUUGAUCAGUUCAUCUUUGUCACAGCUCUGAGAUCAGUCUGACUGAAGCCUGCAGAUCACUGGCUCUUAUUUCAAAGAACCAUCAUUACAUUUAGUCACCAUGUGGUCUUUCUACAGACCAGAACCUCUGCUG